AUGAGAAAUGACAUUGUCUACGUGGGUUUGCUGUUGUUCAAAUUGAGGAAGAGAUUGGAAGACCUCAACUUCCUAGUUGAGAAAGUUUUGAAAAGGGUUCAAGGCAGGGCUGCAAAACUAGACUCCUCUCCAAACCGCAAGGUGGAUAAAGCUCUAAGAGACUUCUGGUGGGGUGACACAGAGACAAGGCAGAAGACACACACAAUGUCUUGGAACAAUUUAUGCAAACCAAAGGUAGAGGGAGGGCUAGGAUUCCAGAUAGUGGAUGAGGUAAACAAAGAUUUUCUUACAAAAUUGGCAUGGAAAGUAAUGGUGGAAAACACAAGCUUAUGGAGCACAACCAUGAAAGCAAAAUAUGGGAAAGGUAUGGAUUUCCUAGACAUGGAGGUAAAACAAGGGGACUCAGUGAUGUGGAAAACUAUUCUCAAUGCUAGGGAAGCCCUACAGAAAGGUAUUUGCAUGAAAAUUGGAAAUGGAUAA